AUGCCUGCCUCGGCAAGCCCCGUGUUUUCUUACGCGUCAGAAUCUUUCCAUGGUGAAGCAGAACUUACAAUGGUACCAACUCGGGCAGACCCAGUCAGCGAAAACGUUUUGGCUCCGACAGCUUCUGAUAAUCGUGCAUCUGCAUUGAGCUUGAUCGAUCUUGACGACAGUCUUCCCACUGGUUUGGGAGUGACAACUCCAGAUAACCGACACACUGCCAGUACACGGCCGUCUACCGCAAAUUCGGACGCUCCUUCAGCAGCUUCGGAUUGGCGUAUGCCUUUUGGCCUUGAGCGUCAUACAUUUGAGCCCAUUUCACAUUCAUCAACUAUCAGGGAGCCGUCUAUCUUUAUUGAGAGUGGCGAAUUCGAUAGCAGCACAAUAGCUCAUACGGACGACGAAUCUAACCAGAAUCUUUUUUUCGAUAUUAACCAAAACUACCAGCAGGACCUCCCAUCUGCCCGUGGGGAGACUACUAGGCAGAGUGAGAUUCCAGCAUUUCCUUUGCCGUUACUUCCGGACCCGCCAGCAGUCGAUGCGAUGCUGGGGAGAGGAUCUGCGGAAGAUGUUAAAGAUGAGUUACUUCGAUUGGUCUUUAGCUUUGAAAACCAUCUUAGUUUAGUAGGCCUGGCUAGGGAGACUUCCUAUACAAGGUGGUAA